UUGAGCGUACUGUCUUCUCCUCCAAAUUGACUGACAUUUCAUGCAUACAGUGACGCGUUUCAACGACUGGCUGAAAGCGGGAUACGUUAUCAAUUGACAGAGAAAAGACCAGUUUUUUCGUUCCCUCCAGCUGGCUAUUUUGCAAAUUCAGAUAGUUUUAUUGGUGACAUAGGGUUACGGUUGCGGACGGGAUGGGGAGCACAGAGAGCUCGACCAGGAAAGUCUCUUUCGGUCUUGAUGAGGACGACAGAGUCCGGGUGCUACAUGGAGUGAAGCUCUCUGAAGAUGUUCUCCAAAGGAUGCGGGGCGUGGCACCUGAGACGGACUUCACACCACCACCUGCCACCACACCCAAAGAGGAGCCUGGCCCGCCACCCCGGACCCCAGACCCGCGGCCCACUGCAGCUGAGAUUCAGGAGGAGCUGCGCAGGAGGUACGAGCGGGAGCAGGCCAUCGUGCGCGAGGAGCUGGCGAGGAUCACGCGGAGGGAGAGGGAGGCUGCCCGGGAGGAGCUGACCGUGGCCAUGAGACGGGAGAGGGCCAACACGCGCGCCGAGGCAGAGAGGGCCAAACAGCUGCCCGCUGAAGUGGACGCAUGGGCGAUGCAGCUCGAGAAGAAAGAGACAGAGCUUAAGCAGCUGGAAACUUUCUACAGGGAGAAGCUGGCACAGCUGGAGAAGAAGAACCUGGACUUCUACAAACAAACGAGCGAGCAGUUCAGAGAGGCAGCCACCAGAGCCGAAGCUCACGUGAAGCCUCGGAACAUGGAGCCGGUCUGCACCGGCCUGCAGACCCAGAUCCUGCACUGCUACCGGGAGAACCAGGACCAGACGCUGCGCUGCUCCGACCUGGCCAAGGAGUACAUGCAGUGCAUCGACGCCGCCAAAAAGAACCUGUUGGUGAACCACGGCUGAAGGGGAGAGCCACGCCCUGUGCACCUACCGGGAGCAGCAACCAGCCAUGUUUUAACCAAGUUUACUCAUUCAUGCCAGGCUGAGCACUGUGUUGCCUCAUUGGUUGAAAGCAUGCCUUCCACUUACUGUCAUAUAACUACAUUAUAUUAAAAUAUGCGAUUUAUUUCGAAGUUGCACUACAGCGUCCAUCUGGGUCAAAUAAAUCUCUCCAAACCUGAAGAAAGAAGGUGGACAGUUGGUCUUUUUUCAUGCGAGGCUUGUGUUUUUAACGCUGAACUCAGGAAACCCUGAACAUUGUUGUGUAUUUGCAGGAUUGUAUUGUAUCCAUAAAGAAA